AGACGUGUUUGGUGGUGGUUGGUCGCGCUCCCGGUAGCUUAUCUCGGGGUUACGCCAUGGGUAGGCAUUGGAUGAACUUUCCAGGACAGUGCCUGACCCUACCGUCCGUUUAAUCAUAAGAAAACCGACUGGAAAGCGUCCGCUGGCUUGCGUACGUCCGCUCAGGUGGGAAAAGAAAUCGGGAAGAGAGAGAGAAAGAAAAGAAAUCUAGAGAUCCUGAACUGGAGGAGGGUGUUGUGUAGUGAUGAUAAGUCCUCGGUGAUGAUGUUUGGGCAAUAGCAUCAUUCCGAGAUUCUUUGUUUUGUAACGACGAAUCUGCAUUAUGUUCGUUAUUUUCAAGAGUCGCCUGGAAAUGCCUCCCAUGAGAGUGAGGGAUCUCUAGGAGAAAGUUCACAAGGGUGAUAACAGGAUUUUUCCAGAGAAAUGUUCGUCUUUAAGGAACCAGAAGGAAGUUCCAGCAGCUGGUGCUGGGAAAGCCACCGAAGGGAAGAAAAGGGAGCACUAGAUUUUCUGUCUGCAGGUGAAGGCUGUCAAUAACGACAAAAACGGAGUGAUGAUCUCGCGUCGGAAGUCCUGACACGAAAGAGAAAGGAAAUCAGGAAAUAUCGACGUUCACAUUCUACAAAGCGUACAAAUUUCCAUGGAAAAUUUUCCAACAUUUACAAGCAUCCAAACCUGUCGAAAAUUUUUCCGUUGCCUAAUGCCAAAAUCUUAUGAUUUCUGAGUGCAGUACCUAAAAAGCGGAAACACUGUGAAAUGAUUUGCUCCAUAAAAAUGUUAAAAAAUAUCAGACGCUAAACAUGGUGCUUCAAUUUCGGAACCUUUUAGCAAACGCUUCCCGUGAGGAUUCGAAAUACAGGACUGAAAUAUAACUUGCAUACGUGAGUACGAAAUUUCUAACCUAUCAAUAAUAACGAAAUAAUCAGUUCUCGUUCCGAUGGCGAAUACAGUCAAGCAACCGUAUCGAAGAAAAUCUCGGUUUUAAUUUUGAAUCCAUAUGUGAUGACUAAUGAUCAGACACUGAACGCAGUCUCAUAGACAGAACGAUCGGCGAGAGAAUUGAAAGCACGGAAACGAGAUAUCGGUCAAUAAGGAGCAGGAAGAAGAAGGUUGUAGAAUCUUAUCGCAUAUUAAAUAGUGUUCAUGUGUUGUUUUGUGAUAUACCACUGCCCUGGUACGUGACGAAAGAAACGAAAUGAAUAUGAAUGUGACUAAGUUUCCGAGGAAAGGGAUAAUUUUUUUGGGCGAUGGUAUCUUGUUGGAAAUGUAAAGUGGUUAGGUGACAUCUGAAAAGUGAGGGCCAGGUUUUACAUAUGCGAAAAUAUAGAGAACAUUAUUCCUUUCUUUCGAGCGUUAAGUUUUGAGAUUAAUUUUGGGAAGAGGUGUGAAAGCAAAGUGAAGAAGAAGAAGAAGAAGAAGAAGAAGAAGAAAAGAAGAAAAUCGGGAACGAGGCUCAUCCCUCUUGAGGCUUGGAAACCCGAGUCAGCAGAAAAUUUGCUGUUUAUGAGACUCGUCUAAUCGACAAGGACUUCUUUCUCAAUGGGCAAUCUUUGUUCUCAUCCACUAUUCCGCCUCUGAUUCAGUCAGUGCACAAGAAAGGAAAUUAAAAGAGAGAUAUAAACUUAGAAAAGGAAAUCAGGAAAACAUUGAGAGAUAGAAAAAAAAACCUGUAAAACCUUGAGCUAUGCAGCUGUAACAUUAAAGCAGGUCACCCAAACAAGAAGAAAAGUUCCCCUUAUGAAACUGAACUACAACAAAGGAUUGAUUGAGGACACGAAAAAACGAAAGAAAAAGAAAGAUAGUCCGGAGGACAACGGCCUAAGAUUGCUGUCUAGGAUAACUGGAAUAAAACCAUUCCAAGUUAUAAAGGAUAAUCCUUAAACCAAUAUCCACUGGAACUCAACUGCUGUCAGACAUUUCUUUCAGGCCUCACUGCAUGACUGGUGGACGUGGCGCAUAUCCGGCCGGUGGGCGUUGAGUCUGGUGGGUGGGGGCGGAGGCCACCACAAUGGAGGGGAGAUGGUGUUGGCGAACGUGGUGGUUCGGUGGGCGAGGCCGGAGCAGCAGGUAUGGGGUGGCCAUGCCCCUCCUGCUAGCAGUGCUCCUGCUCUUUGCCUGCUGGCCUUCGAGAUCGCUAGUGGAAGGGAAAACGUUCUUCCGGGACCGUCACAAACAGUUGCAGCAGGAGGCUGAGCAGAAGAAGAACCAGCAGAAGGAAGAGGUCCCAGACGUUACCAUCAACGUCGGGAUCAUCAUGCCUGUCACCAACCUCCGUCUACGUUAUUAUCAACUCAAAAUCCGUAACGGAGCAAAACACUUCGGCAAUCGUCUAAUGAUGUACAAAUUCGGAUACGACCAGUUUAUCCAAGAGCAAAUGGCCCUCAACCCAUCCCCUACAAAUAUUUUGAACACACUCUGCCGUUCCUUCCUGCCAAAGAACGUGUCUGCCAUCAUCUACACGACCAACGACGAGUCUUUCGGCCGCAACACAGCCUCUGCCCAAUACUUCUUACAACUAGCAGGGUACCUCGGUAUCCCAGUCAUUGCCUGGAACGCAGACAACUCAGGCUUGGAACAGGCCUCCAUGAGCGGCUUGAGAAUACAAAUGGCGCCUUCCAUACAUCACCAAGCUGCCGCGAUGCUUUCAAUACUUGUAAGGUAUCAGUGGCAUGCAUUUACAAUUGUCACUUCGCAUAUUGCUGGCCACACAGACUUUGUCCAAACGGUCAGGGACCAGGUACACCAAUAUGGCGACCCCCAAGAUCUCUCCAAGCCCAAAAUCAAGUUCACCAUCAUUGACAAUGUCAUCAUCAACAACGCCAAAGAAGACCUGGCUGUCGUGGCAGACAGCGAAGCGCGCAUCAUCCUCUUGUAUUCGACCAACCAGGAGGCCAAAUCCAUCAUGAGAGCCGCAGAAACCAUGGGGCUCACCGGAGAAAAUUACGUGUGGAUCGUUACCCAGUCGGUUAUGGGAUCCCUCAGCGGAGUGAAUAAUAAUAACGACUUUCCCGUCGGCAUGCUGGGAGUCCACUUCGACACAAAUGACGACGCGUUACAGGAGGCCAUUUUCACCACCGUCAGGAUAUUCGGUUACGGGGUCAUGAACUUCCUCAGCGACGCCCGGAACGAACAUCUCAGCCUCCAGCCAAAACUCUCUUGCGAGAACCAGACCAAUGCUCGAUGGACACUCGGUGCUACCUUCUACAGAUAUCUUAAGAACGUGAGCAUUCCCUACGACAAGGUCUACGAGAAUCUGGAUAACAACAAGAGAGGACUCGUGGAGUUUUUGCCGGAUGGAUCCCGGAAGGACGUCGAGCUAAAGAUCAUGAAUCUGAGGGACUCUGGGACGUCCUCCGAAACGAGGAAAUGGGAGGAGAUUGGUACGUGGAAUUCGUGGGAUCCUGAAGGUCUGCAAAUUAACGACAUCGUGUGGCCAGGGCACCAGCACGUCCCUCCUCCAGGAGUACCUGAAAAGUUUCACCUGAAGAUUGUGUUCCUGGAAGAGCCGCCCUACAUCAGCCUGGCGUCUCCAGAUCCGGUCACUGGGAAGUGUAAUGCCAACAGGGGCAUCUUGUGCCGCGUUGCUACCGAAGCCAUGAUGGCCAAGGUCGAGAACCAUACACUAGCACAGCAGAACAGCACAUAUUAUAAAUGCUGUUCAGGUUUCUGCAUAGAUAUGCUGCAGAAGUUCUCGGACGAACUCGGUUUCUCGUACGACCUCUUCAGAGUCGAAGACGGCAAAUGGGGCACUUUGGAGGAUUACAAGGGAAGCAGACAUACGACCGCACAGUCUGGCCACAAGGGCAACAAAUGGAACGGACUGGUGGCGGCACUCAUGAACCGAAAGGCAGACAUGGCGCUGAGCAGCUUCAAGAUCAAUUCGGAGAGAGAAAGUGUGAUAGAUUUCACCGUCCCCUUCCUCGAGUCCGGCAUCGCCAUCGUCGUGGCUAAGAGGACAGGCAUCAUCUCGCCUACGGCUUUUCUUGAACCAUUCGACACUGCCUCUUGGAUGCUGGUGGCGUUUGUUGCAAUUCAAGUCGCCGCUCUCACAGUCUUCCUCUUCGAAUGGCUUAGUCCCGGUGGAUACAACAUGAAAAUGGCACCACCUCGCGAUCACAAAUUCUCAUUACUGAGGACAUAUUGGCUCGUGUGGGCUGUGUUGUUCCAAGCUGCUGUACAUGUAGAUUGCCCUAAAGGGUUCACUGCAAGGUUCAUGGCCAACAUCUGGGCUAUGUUCGCCGUAGUCUUUCUUGCCAUCUACACUGCUAACCUGGCAGCCUUCAUGAUCACGAGGGAGGAAUACCACGACUUUUCAGGCAUCGAAGACCAUAGGCUGGAGAAUCCCUAUGUCAAGAAACCACCAUUCAAGUUCGGCUUCGUCCCUUACACCAACACAGAGACAAUCUUGUCCAAACACAAACCAGAAAUGUUCCAGUACAUGAGUCAGUACAAUAAGACGUCUAUAGAACUUGGUAUCAAGGCAAUCAAGAAAGGAGAGCAGGAUGCAUUUAUCUAUGAUGCGACAGUCUUGGACUACUUGGUGGGACAGGACGACGAGUGCCAGCUCCUAACUGUGGGCACUUGGUACCACAUGACCGGGUACGGCAUUGCGUUUCCAAGAGGAUCCAAACACACUGCCCAUUUCAACGAACGGCUCAUGUCUUAUAAGGAUAAUGGUGAUAUGGAACGUAUACAAAGGUUCUGGCUCACAGGUGCUUGCAAACCCAAGAAGCAAAAUAAGCGAGCGUCGGAACCGCUGGCACUGGAGCAGUUCUUGUCGGCUUAUUUACUCCUUUUCACUGGCGUCCUGUUAGCGUUGAUUCUCCUCUUGCUGGAACACGUUUACUUCAAGUAUGUCCGGAAGCAUCUGGCGAAAACGGACUCUGGAGGGUGCUGCGCCCUAAUCAGCCUGAGCAUGGGUAAGUCCCUGACAUUUCGAGGGGCAGUGUUCGAGGCGCAGAAUAAGUUGCGGCGGCACCGCUGCCGCGAUCCCCUGUGCGACACACACAUCUGGAAGGUGAAGCACGAGCUGGACAUGGCCCGAGUGAAGAUCAAGCAGCUGGAAAAGGAACUGGAGUCCCACGGGGUUAAACCUAGCAGGAAGUUCGCUCCCAGACAAGGCAAUAUCCUAACCAGCUGCUGGAAACCGAACGCUCAGGACACCGAUGACGAGAAUAUUCCCCAGUUCCUCAAUGUCUACGCUAGCCUGACGACGGGUCGAGCGGAGCGAGAGAUGAUGGGCACCAGGGAAGUUUUCGGGGCCAGGGACAUGACCAGGAACCACAUUUCCUCCAACGACCCCGCAAGACCUUCCUCCACUGCUACUCUCACCCCCCCACCGGAGACAGGAGGUGCCAGACAGAGGACGCGCCAACCAUUCGCGGGAGACUUGUUGGGCCGCGUAACAGAAGUUUGACUAACAUCGUCUGACAUUAGAGAAAUAGCGGAGAUGGAGACAGUAUUAUAAAGGUAUAAAGGUUUGAUAUUAAAAGGUGUAAAUAACCAAUUUGUAAAUCAAAGUUCAAACAAGAAUGUAGACGUAGGAAUAAUGCAUUUAUAUAACAAACAUCAGACGCGUUUAAUAAUAAACCACCACGUUUCUAGGCUCUUAGGGAUUCUAAUUUAAAAAAAUAAAGUAAUUACGUAAGUAUAGCAAAGCAUCAAGUUAAGCUUUCUUGGUUCUCCAACUCCUUAGUACGAGACGUCUGUAAGUGGCUGUCAAUUUGGGCUCUGAUCUCGCCUGAUGACGUUCCCUCAGUGACUCCUUCACCUACUAGAUCAUUUUAUUCCAUCUUCUAUUUCCUUGUGGCCUACUUCUUCGCCAACCCAGCUAUUAAUCAGUUAAAAAACGGGAUAGUCAAAGUGGAUAAUGGCGUUGUAGCAAAGGAAUUUUGAGAGAAAAAAAGGAGAGAAAAAUGAAUUUGAAUAUAUGAAGAACUCGGCUUGGGAAGUUCAUCAUGCUUGAUUCCACUCGAGUUGACCACUACAAUACGCGCCCGGACUCCUCUCUCUCUCUCUCUCUCUCUCUCUCUCUCUCUCUCUCUCUCUCUCUCUCUCUCUCUCGUUUCUUAUUGAAACUAUAUAUAGACGAAUAAUCUGACGUUUCUGAACCUUAACUGCUAUUGGUGGCGUCCUCAUCUCCUCUACCACCAAAUGUAAAUAAGCUCACCAUAACGUUUAUAUAUACUUUGUUUCUUCCUUUCGUAGGUAUAUAUUGACGUGUUCACCAUUUAUUGGCUGAUAUAAAUAUAUAUAUAUAUAUACAUAAAUGUGUGUGACAUUGCUAAUUUUAUUCAUUGCUUCCUCUGUUGUGUAUUGAAGUGUAAAUAUAUCUAUAAACCUUAGAUGAAAUUCAAAUAAAAAAAUAAAUCAAUGAAAAAAAAAAAGAGGAUCAUUUUUUCGGUCCUCACAUCUCAAUUGAGAGAAAACAAAAGUGCGAGGAAAUAAGGGGUCCCACGAAUGACAAUUUGGGAAAUAUAAUCAAAACAGAAAAUUUCACAUAAUAAACUAACAAAAAAUUAAAUGAAUUCCAUAGAGAAAAAAAAUCAAAUAAAUUUUAAGACUAUAAAUGCUAUGUUAUCUAAUUUAGAAAAAAAAAAAAAAGAUGCUUACUUGGAGCUAUUUUGUUUUGCCUCUUGAGAAGUGCUAAAGAAAAAUGAAUAUUGACAACUAUCACGUUAUACAGUUUGGUGCGAAUAGACUGCUUUAGUUCCCUGGACCUCCGUGUGAAGUAAAAGAAAAUGUUAUUAGUUUUAAAAACUUAAUAGUUUAAAUAAAAAUUAUGAUUUUUUCUUAUUGUGAAAAGCUCAUUGAUCCAUAUGAAGGGUGAAAAUUACUGAUAUCAUUAUUGUUAUCAUUAGAGCAUAAGCAUCUGCCUGUACCAGAGAUCAUUUCGUUCAAAGACUAAAAAAGAAAAUAGACAUAUAAACGUACAUACAUUUGGAAAAGAGGCACCCAAUGUGUAUAACGCAGAUAAAAAAAAAAGUAUGAAUCAAGACAGUGUAAGGAAUCGUCAUAAUCAUAAACAGAAAAAGCGUAGAGUUGUUUGCGUUUGUAAGUUAUCAUUUAUAGUUCACAAAUGUAUUGUGUAUCCUGUAACGAAGUUCUUUGAGUGUGAUAUGUUCUUUCAUAAAGGAAAAGUUUGAGGAACUAACCAUUUACUUUUGUCCAGUAAAGGUUCUCCUGUAUUCUGUUUUAAUAGAAAUGAUGAUUUUUUUUUUUUAUUCUUUUGUUGAGCUAGGUCCUUGUACUUCCUUACAACCCAUUUCUUUUAUGUUCCUAGUGAUUCUUUCUUCUAGGAAAUCCUUAUUGUUUUCAAUGUUUUUAAACAAUCAAUUCAUGAUGUACUGAGAAAGAAGGUAAUCAGAUAUGAAAGUGGCAACGAAUGCUAACAUGAGAUUAAUAUCAUUUACUGAACUAAAUAGAUAUGUUUAAGAACAUAACAGAUUAGGGAACUAAGAGAAAGUACAUGGAAAAUUAAUGUGAAAAUAUGUAAUAUAAAAGGAAGCCAGAUGAAUGGAAUAUUGAAUAAUCUUAUGUUUAGUUUGGAAAAUAAAUUUCUUGUAUGUUUUUGUAAAUGAUAUAGACUUGAGCACCAACCAACCUUACAUCAUUCUUGUAUACAGCUGAUAACAUUGCAUCUUAAAUCAUGAGAUAAAGGAGACAUUCACGAAAUCAUUCAUUAAAUGUCACGAGAUGGAGGACCGAAGUGACCUGAGUUGCCCUAAAAUAUAUACAUAUGAAUCCAUUUUUAUACUUGCAGUCAUUUAUCAUUAGCUCAUUCGCCAUUUUGAGCCACAGACGCACAAACGCCGUUUGAGUUUCAUGUCCUGCUCAUUAUACCUUCCAUGGCCAAGAGUAGCCAAGAUCUCUUUUCUUUUCGCCAAACAGGGCUUUAGCUUAUCAUACUUCGUAUCUCUUUGCAAGAAUCAUUUUGCCAGAUUUGUGAACAAAUUUAAUCUAGUACUGUUCAUCGGAGACGUAUAAACCCAAUUCUAGUCGCUGAAAUAAUUGAGAAUUGUUUAUUUGUCAAAUAUAAACGUUGCAUGUAUUGUGAAGGUUCGACUUUAUUGAUAAACAAAAAUACAUGAUAAUAAAUACAUACGGUUUAACUGGUAAAAUUCAUUGCGUUACUGGCCCUUCACCGCCCUAUUGACCAUUUUGGUAAAACUUUGAUUUACAUUCAACAAUAAUGUAUAUUUCUUUAUACCCAACAGUGAAAAGCUUAUUCUAUUUUCUUCUUUUUUAAAUAUAUGGGCAGAUACUUGAAGUUUCCUUUGUAAUAAUAAUGCCCAAUUUUACAAUCGAAAUAAAAUGUUUUGCUUGGCCCUUUAAUCCGAUUGCAGAUCGAUAUAACGAGUAACUUGAAUAGAUCAUUUCAUUGAUUAAAUAGAAUAAUAAGUAGCCUCUAGUUAAGAUCCCGGCUCUCUCUCUCUCUCUCUCUCUCUCUCUCUCUCUCUCUCUCCCCGAAAUCCUGCCCAGCACCGACUCCGUGACCUUAACUACCUAAUUCGCCGGUCCCUCUGAUUCCGUAGACGACCAACACUCAUCAGCGUUUGCGUCUGAGGCUCUUCAUUGCCAAAUGAGCCAAGUUGAUUAACUCUUGGGUGGUUAACAUCACUUUUUAAUUCUUGUUUGUGUGCUUGCGGUGACUGCUGCUCCUCCACAAGGCUGAAGGCUGGCCAAGUGAUUGUCGAUGUACCAUAGGGAUCCUAGCUUCUCUCAUGAUCCCCACGACUGGUCCUCAAGUAGCAGGUCACUACUAUGAAAUACAUAGGAGUCAAGGGAGAUCAUCGAAGGGGUUUUUUAACCGUCCUUGUUCAAUGUGAAAUUUUCCCUCAAACACUGACAUACAUAGACAUUCAGUCUUGAUAUUCCAUCGUUUUUCAAGCGAGCCCACUUUUCUUUCCCUGUACCCAUUCAUAAGAAUCUUUCGUGGUCAAAUUCGGGAUUCCUUAGAUAUUUUUAGGCAUUUAUUGACAUUAUUUCUUUUUCCUUUCUUUCAUUUGUCGAUUUUUUAUCGUCCCUGCUAAAUAUCAGCUUUGUCAUAAAUUCGUAAGUCUUCGUUCAGCCAAGGUACUUUAUUCUAAUGGCACGAGUAGGAGCCGGAAGCUUAAUUGUUUAAUAUGUAUGAAUUAUGUAAACAAGAAAACAAACCAUGGCGUUAUUUAUUCCAUGCAGAUGCUAUCUAUAAUUAGAGCAAAUAUUAGUUUGCGUUUGAUCAAACUAAAUGAAGCACUACGGUCAAUACAGAUGAAGAAAUCCUAUGAGUUUCCCCUCGAGUUUGCCAGGUUUCGCUAAAGCAUAGGCCAUUCACAUGACUCUGUAGUUUAGGUUUACUGAUGGAUUUCCAGAGUGGGAAAUUUUUGUUGAUGGGGAAUGAUAACUGAUUCCUCUAGCAACCGCAGUGACAGCUGGGUUCAAAGCUUGGCAUUGAGUUGAGUUGAGUUGAAUAUAGAAUUUAGGCCAAAGGCCAAGCACUGGGACCAAAGCUUGGCAUUGAAGCUGAUAUUUGACAAUAGUAAAUUUAUAUUAAAUCCAAUUUUUCAAUCGUUUCCAGUAACUUUAUAAACUAUCUUGAGUUGGAUGCUAAACACGUAAAACUUUUUUUGGUUGUGUGUGGGUACUGAUACUACUUACUGUUUCACUUUCCGGUAUGAAAGUAUGAGCACAUCGCUUCUGUUUUGUUUUUGUUAUCAACGAAUGACAUCAUCUCGAUAUGUUUUGUCGUCUCGUUUUCGCGCCUUCCUCCUUUGGUCAUGGUGAUCUGUUGGCUUGACUCCUAGCGCCCCACAAAUCCUUGAAUUCAUUCUGAUUAAACCUGCUACUAAGUGGACCUUCGCGGGUUAAAGAUGAAAAUGGGAAAUAAAAACGCUUGUAAUAUACAUAGUAGAUGAUGUACAUGUUUGUUUAGAAAUCUCCACAUAGGGAAAUAACAACCUGUAGUGUCAUACGUGUCUCUUUGCGUGUAUUCAUUUUGUAGUCGAUAAAUCUAGGGCAUCCAGAGGCGCGUUCACCUUACGUCUAAUGCUAGCAAAAAACUCCGAGUCAUGUAUCUCAAGGGCCCUGUAACGCUAUGGGAUAUAGCAGUGCUAAACACUGUGUCAGUUAGUGCACAUACGAGAACAAUGAAUGAAAAAGAAGUAUGAGGAAACUAACGUACAGAUGAUGACGAUAAUGAUGGUGUGCUGGUUAUAGGCUUAAGUGGAACGAGCCUCUCAUUUUUUAACUUUUAUUGAGUCAUUUUCAGUAGGACCCACAGCGUCAUCUUCUAUGAUUUUAGAUUAUGGAUUUUACUAUUAUAGACAAUAAGGUAUGAACCAUUAUUCUUGAGUAAAAUAUAUAUGCAUAUAUACGUAUGUGUUGACAUACUCAUACAUGAAUACACCUACGCAUGUAUUUAUCAAUGUGUGAACUCGUGUACGCAUGUAUCCAAUAGCACAUACAAAAAUGAUUGUGUAACAUGCGCAUGUAUGCACGGAUAGACGCACGUGUCUGCAUACUUUUCUAAAUAAAUGCUAUAUGUGUGGUAAGUAUGCUUAUGUGUAUCAUUUAUAUGUAUAUUUGCAUAUAUGUUUAUACAACUAUAUAUUAAUAUAAGCCUCUUCGAAGACGCGUUAUUGUUGUCCUCUGUGUUACUCCAAAUGAUAGAUGAAAUCAAGAAACUGAAACACUUUAUUUUUAACUGUUAAAGGUCGAUUAUUCCUUCUCGUCUUUCGCGAGAUAUUCUGAAGUACCUUUGAGAGGGAUACAGGCAGUAGGGCACAAUCAACACCGCUUCCUCCAACUCAGUUUUUAUGCAGAUAUGUUAGUCUUUGGUUAUUCAGCGUCAGUCAUACGGCAACGAUGAUCAUUCAAUUUCCCGUUAACACUUCAGUGUGAAAAUGUUAUCUACAUAAACUUCUGGCGGUAUUGUUUUGCAGAAAUAUCAUUGCUCUCAAUAAUUUGAAUUAAUGCUACUGCGACAGUGCCAUUUCAUUUUAGGAAACUGUGUUUCUGAGCAUUUCCUGUUUGAAUUCGCAAUAGUUGCUUUCAUUUCUAUGAAAUCGCAGCCAGAAUUUUACAGUAAAAAUGCAAAUUAAAUCAAUUUCUUUGUCAUUUUUCUGGGACAAUGCAAUAUACAUUAGCUUCUGCUGAAAUACUAUUGAGAUAAUACUGUUUAUAGAACUUUCUCACUAAAUCCUUCUGCAACAACUUUAUUAGGCUAGAGUACGCGUCCUGAGUUACUAUUAUUAAAUACAACAAUUUUAUAUAAAUUUGAUCAAUUAUAAGAAGAUACAAUAGUGAUUAAUUGUAGAGAUUAGGGGAAUUAGUUUGAAUUAGCCUGACGUUUUGAGACUAGUAAAUUUCUAGGUCUGGUUAGGUAAUAGUUUGAAGAGUGGUGUUUAUUAAAAACUAAUUAACUAUAUAUAUUCACGAAGGAAAGAGAAACCAGGGAGUUCUACAAGGCGUUUCGACUUAUUGUCCUUUACUUACCAGAAUAAGUAAAGGGCAAGAAGUCGAAAGGCCUUGAACACCAUCGUUUGUCUUUCCUACGUGGAUUUUGUUUAUUUCCAAAUUCAUCACGUUCGAUAUUUUCGAGAUUCAAUUAUACAC